AGUUCUAAUUUUCCCGGAAGUUACCCCAUGCGACUUGGAGGCGCACCGGCUCCACACAGCAGAAAUAUCGUAGUAUGGCCUCCUUCUGAGUGUCAUCACACGGUUUCUGUGUACACACCUAACCGGCAAUCCGACACCAUCGAAGCCUUGAUCAUGGACCUGUGGUCCAGAGGCACAUUUUGGGGCCAUCGGAGUUGUCAAUAGAACUCCCACGGUACUGUAUUGAUAGAUUUUGAGCACUGUCACUUUUGGAUAACCUGGGAUUUAAAACCGAGUGACAACCGUGCCGCUCACCCCAUCUGCCGGUUAGCUAGCUAAGCCAAUAGCCAAGAAGGGCAACUUCUCGUUUGGAGUAAAGGACAAGAAAACGGCAAAACUUCUACCAAGUGAAGACUAACCAGAGGUUGAUACUCUGACUUCCUACUUUCUGAAACUGUCACUGUUUGUACCUGUUCUUUUUAUUUAGAAAGGCUGGCAACACACCGCCACCCUAAUGCAGACCCACAAAAGAACGUGAAAUGAACAAGCCACCGCAGCCUUUAACGGGACCUACUUCUGUCCCAAAUCCAUCCCCAUCCCCUGGAUUGACACAGGCCGCUUACGGCCCAGGACAGCCCCCUUCUCUUGUUUUUGCCCCCCAGCAACCCCCACAAAUGACUUCUGCACAACAGCCAAGACAGUUUGCCACAGGGCCCCGUACUUUACACCAACAGGGUGGAUACAGAGCGCUGCAGACUUACUAUCAGAACCGACCCGCGAUGCCCGCCAGUGCUCCCCGGGUGCAGACGAGUAGUGGCCCCCGGCCCACCGGGCCCCUGCCUGUCUACCCCGCCAGCUCCCAGAUGAUGAUGAUCCCUCAGCAGCAGCUUCCUUUCGGAGGCUCUCCUCAAAGCUACUUUAUCCCCCCUGGACAGUACCGAACUCCGUACAUGACGCCUACCCAGCAGUAUCCUGUGACCAGCAGCGCAGGCUAUUACCCUGGAACAAGCCCUGCUGAAUAUCCUGGUUUCGCAGCUUAUUAUCCAGCUCAACCACAAUAUUCAGCAUCAGUCCAGGCCACACCGGGCAUGAUCGGGCCAACUCAGCAACAGCAACAGGCUCCGCCCCCUCAGCAACCACAGGCUCCUCCCCAAGGCCCGCCGAAGAGGGAACGGAAACCGAUAAGAAUACGGGACCCAAACCAGGGUGGGCGCGAUAUCACGGAGGAGAUCAUGCAAGGUGGAAGGUCUACCACCACACCAACUCCCCCUCAGGCCUCUGCUCCAGAUACAAACCCUGUUCAGACCAAUGGUGAAGUUCUGCCGCCUGUAAGUGCAGACCCAAUAAAAGAAGAAAUCGCGUCUCUCCCAGCAAGUGCUGCAACCCCUCCUCCUCCAGCCACCACAGAAGCCAUAGACGAGGCUGCACAGGAGGUGGACAGGAAGACGCCUCAACUCACAGACGUUACCGCACAGCCUGUCGCCACUCCUGCUACCGAGGAGCCGUCCACGCUCAAAGACUUCCAGCAAGCCGCGCCCCCCCUCGCCCCAGAAGCCCCCGCUGCCGUCCCCGAGGCAGUAAAAGAAGGGAGCGAUAAAGCCGGCGACACAGUCGACUCCCCAGUCGCGCCGCCGCCGCCGUCAUCACCAGCAGGACAAGAAACGCCUGUGAAAGCUGAAGAGCCACGAGCUGCUUCGCCCGAGAAGAAACCAGAGAAGGAAGAAGAGAAAGAAAACAAAUCGGAAAAAGACGAGCAAGUGAGUAGCACUAAGGCGGCAGCCGCAGUCGAGGUUCCAGUUCCUCCCAGUAAUGUGGUCGAAGAGGAAAUGGAGGUUAAGCCGGUUGCUGAAGUCCUUGAGCCUCCCCCCUCUGUACAAGAACCCGCUGCUCCACCCACCGAGGACGCUGGUCUGCACCCUCCAGCGGAUCCAGAACCCACACAGGUGGAAGCAGAAGCAACUCCUCUCUCUAAUGGCCUUCCUCAGGAGACUGAAGAACUGUUUGAGAAAACUGCAGUUUCAGACACUACACCCCAAGACGAACCCAACACUUCUCCAUCUCAGGAAUCAACACCUGCGGUCAAAUCGGCCGCUCCAGCCCAGGAGGAGGAGGAGGAGGAGGAAAAGGAGGAGCUAAAGAAAAAAGUGGACGACACUCCUGCCUCAGUCAGCUGCCCGGAGGAAUUUACUAUGCAAACUGCUACAUCUGUGCCAAAGAAGAAGAAGAACAUGAAAGAGCUCAAUAAGAAGGAGGCCAUUGGAGACCUCUUGGAUGCCUUUACUGAGGAGCAGCGUGCCAAGCCUGUUCCUGAACCUUCACUCACUCAGGCCAGGCCUCCAGCUCCAGCUGAACCUCCUGCAGAAGCACCAGACGAGACAUGGGAAGAGAAGGAGGACAAGCAAAACGCAGAACCAGAGAAGCAAAAAUCCCAGUUAGAGCCAAGUGAGAAGUACCAGUACAAAGAAGAAAAUUGGAAGCCAAUCGAUCCAGAGGAGAAGAAGCGGUACGACCGGGAGUUUCUACUUCGCUUCCAGUUCAGUAACGCCAGUAUGCACAAACCUGAGGGCCUGCCCAUCAUCAGCGACGUCGUCCUGGAUAAGGUGAACAAAACUCCACUCCGACCUGCUGAUCCUUCUCGACUAGCAAACGCUGGUCCUGAUUUUACCCCCUCUUUUAUGGGGAAUCUGGGGAGCAGAUCAAUGGGAGGACCUCGAGGCCCGCCUCCUGGGCCGCGCCGCUCCCAGCAAGGCCAGCGGAAAGAACCCAGGAAAAUUAUCAGCAGCCUCAGCGAGGACAUCCAGCUCAACAAAGCGGAAAAAGCCUGGAAGCCAUCCGUGAAAAAGCCCAACGCCCGCGCCAGCGAGGAAGUCGAUGACGACGACCCGGAAAACGCGAAGACUCGGGAGCUGUUCAAGCGUCUGCGCAGCAUCCUCAACAAGCUGACCCCGCAGAAGUUCCAGGAGCUGAUGAAGCAGGUGACGGAGCUGUCCAUCGACACCGAGGAGAGGCUGAAGGGAGCCAUCGACCUCAUCUUCGAGAAGGCCAUUUCAGAGCCCAACUUCUCUGUGGCCUACGCCAACAUGUGCCGCUGCCUUAUGGGGCUGAAAGUUCCCACCCCAGACAAACCAGGAAAUUUUGUGAACUUCCGAAAACUGCUGCUCAACCGCUGCCAGAAAGAGUUCGAGAAGGACCAGGACGACGAUGAAAUCUUCGAGAAGAAGCAGAAAGAGUUGGACGCUUCCAAAGACGACGAGGAGCGAGAACGCCUGAGGGUGGAGCUGGAAGAAGCCAAAGACAAAGCUCGGAGACGCUCGCUGGGCAACAUCAAGUUCAUCGGGGAACUUUUCAAGCUCAAGAUGCUGACGGAAGCCAUCAUGCAUGACUGCGUCGUGAAGCUUCUUAAAAACCACGACGAAGAGUCUCUGGAGUGCCUCUGCAGACUGCUGUCAACUAUCGGCAAAGACCUGGACUUUGAGAAAGCCAAGCCUCGUAUGGAUCAGUAUUUCAACCAGAUGGACAAGAUCAUCAAGGAGAGAAAGACGUCUUCAAGAAUUCGCUUCAUGUUACAAGAUGUCUUGGAUCUUCGAAGGAAUAACUGGGUGCCCCGCAGAGGAGACCAGGGCCCCAAAACCAUCGACCAGAUCCACAAAGAGGCGGAGAUGGAGGAGCACAGGGAGCAGAUCAAGGUCCAGCAGCAGCUCAUGUCCAGAAAGGAACCUGGAGGCAGGAUGGGGGGCAACAUGGGGGGGCGGGGCUCCCACUCUUCAGGAGGCGGCCGGGUUAGCCAGCCUCAGGAUGAGGGCUGGAACACAGUCCCCAUUUCAAAGAACCGACCCAUCGACACCACCCGCCUUAGCAAGAUCACAAAGUCUGGUACCAUGGACCUUAACAAUCAGCUGCUGGCUCCUGGAGGUAAAGGCAUGUGGAGUAGCUGGGGAAAAGGCAGCAGUGGAGGGAGUGGAGCUAAACCAGCAAGUGGAGAGCCAGACUCUGGUCGUCCGGCUACGAGCACUCUGAACCGCUUCUCCGCCCUGCAGCAGUCGAGCUCUUCAAUGUCAUCUGCAGAAACUGAUCGAAGAGUUCCUCAGAGGUCGAGCUCGAGCCGCGAACGUGGCGGCGACAGAGACAGGAGCGAGCGCGACAGGGAUCGCUUCGACAGGUUCGCUCGCAGCGAGGAACAGGGCGGCGACCAGUUCACCAAGCGGAGCUUCAGCAGAGAGUCGAAGGACCGCGGCGGCCGCGGCGGAGACAGCCGCGCCUCAAACGAACCGGUGCGCCGCGUCGCCAGCAUGACUGACGACCGCGACCGGGGAAGCCGCGACCGAGGCAGCAGAGACCGGGGGAGUCGAGACCGAGGAAGCCGAGACAGGGGGAGCCGGGACCGGGGUCCGAGCAAAGACCUUCCAGCAGUCAGACGUGAAAGCGCUCCCACUCCUCCUCCUUCUCUUCCUAAGCCCACUCUGACUGAGGAGCAAGUGGAAAAGAAAGCAAACGCCAUCAUUGAAGAAUACCUCCACAUUAAUGACGUGAAGGAGGCGUUGCAGUGCGUCGCCGAGCUCAACAGUGCCUCUCUACUCUUCGUGUUCGUACGGAACUGUGUGGAGUCCACACUCGAACGCAGCACCAUCGCUCGGGAGCACAUGGGCCUGCUGCUGCACCAACUCAUCAAAGCAGGAACUCUCCCCACACAGCAAUACUUCAAAGGGCUAGAAGAGAUCCUGGAAGUAGCGGAGGACAUGGCCAUAGAUAUACCUCACAUCUGGCUGUACCUGGCUGAACUGAUCACCCCUAUGCUCCACGAAGGAGGCAUCCCCAUGGGACAGCUGUUCAGGGAGAUCUCGAAGCCUCUGGUGCCUCUGGGGAAGGCCGGCGUGCUGCUGGCUCAGAUCCUCCAGCUGCUCUGCAAAGGAAUGACUCCUAAGAAGGUCGGGGCUUUAUGGAAAGAGGCCGGUCUGAGUUGGAAUGACGUUUUACCCAAGGAUGAAGAUGUCAACAAGUUUGUCACGGAUCAGAAAGUCGAGUUCACUGUAGAUGAAGAAAUGGAGUCAAAGGAAGUUGGGAGGAAAAAGCUCCUCAGUGGAGAAGAGAUGAGUAAACAGCUGGACAGACUCCUGCAGGACAAGGCCAACAACCAGCGGAUCAGAGACUGGAUUGAGGCUAAUUUGGAGGAUCAGCAGACAGUGAGCAACCAGUUUAUCCGAACAUUGAUGACAUCGGUGUGCCAGUCGGUCAUCAUAUGUGAUAAUCCAUACAAGGUAGAUAUGGAUCAGAUCAAGACUCGAGCCCCUCUGCUGCAGCGAUACCUGUGUGACGAGGAGAAGGAGCUGCAGGCCCUCUACGCCCUCCAGGCUCUCAUGGUUCACAUGGAGCAGCCUGCAAACCUGCUGCUGAUGUUCUUCAACACUCUGUACGACGAGGACGUGAUUAAAGAGGAAGCCUUCUACAAAUGGGAAUCCAGCAAAGACUCUGCAGAGCAAACGGGCAAAGGCGUCGCCUUGAAAUCCGUCACCACCUUCUUCACCUGGCUCCGCGAGGCCGAGGAAGAGUCCGACAAGGAUUGAGGCAACGACAUUAAAAAAAAAAGCUGCCGCCUAACUUUAUCCAGAAGCGUGCUCUGUAGGCAGCUGAGAGUCAAAGACAAUGUUGCCAGCGUGGCAGACUCAAAUAAGUCCUCAAUGAGGACAAAUCUUUUUUUUUUCUCCCUCCUUUUUCUUUUCUAUGAGAGAUGGACUCAGAAAAUAAUGAUGUCUCUCCUCCCUUUCCUGUUGUCCUCAAAUAAACUUGAAAACGCAUUCAGCAGGACUGCUUUUUAAUGAGGUGUGCGAUGCCCCACAUCACUACAAAACUCAAGUAACACAAACCAAGUGGCUGCUUGAUCCUCGUUCUAGACAGUCGUGAGGCCCCAACAUCUCAUCCCCCUUACAGGACGAAACAGCAGGGAGUGCGAUGUCCCCGCUUUAACGCCGUGCGCGUUCCACCGCGGCUCUUGUGUCUGUCCUUUACUGGAGUGUGCAGCAUGACUGAAGUGUGUUUCUAUUAAUGAUCUAGUGGGCAAAAUGUCGGUAGAUAAAAUGUACAUGAACUAAUCCUGAUUUGCCAGAUGGAGUUUUUAAAGAAAAGGUUGUCUAUUUUCACCUUCUGUUUCCUACCUUGAGCCUAACAAAAGGACUAACGUGGACUUGGUCUGCCUGGGGGGGUGGACUUGUGCUUCCUCUAAGCCAUCCUCGCCCACACCCCAGUAGUGAACCAUCCGGACUGACUCAUGUACUUAAACCUCAGCUGUUCUAGAGGACUCUUAAUGACCCAAUCACAGUUAAAACUUGAAGUCAGUGGAGAAAUUACCUUGAUAAAAUAUAUAUAUAUAUAAAUAAAUAUAUACAAUGAAAGAAAAAAAACGGAAAAAAAAAAAAAAAUAGAGGCGAUCUGAAAGCCUUUUCUACUUUAAGUGGAAACUUAUUUCAGGAUUGUUCCAUAAAUAUAAUACUUUUUUCAGUUUUAUUUUUCAGAAACGAUAAUUUUCUGAUAUAAUUGCAGUGUCUCAUUUUCCAGGAGAAACAUCAGUCGCCCGGAUGCAGAGAAGUGUUUUUGAUAAUCCAUUGAUUAUUAGUUUUAUUUGACUUUUUUUGUAAAUAUUUCUUUUUUUUUUUUCUUUUCUCUCUAUUUAAGAAAUUCUUGCUUCUUUUGCAUCUAAAACUGGAAAGAUGAGAUCAUUGAACAUUGAAAAUAAAGGAUGUAUGAGUUGCUGA